CUUCGCCGCGAUCUUCUCCCCUCCGCUCCUCUCCUGCAUCCGCCACCCCCUGCCCCAAUUCUCCCCCUUCCCGGAACCCCACGUGGGGCUUCCAGCCCACCGGCUCCCCUGCUCCUCCGAGCACGGAGUCGGAAGGUACCUGGGGGAGGGGAGUCCUGCCUGGGGCACUGCCCAGCGCUAACAAAGGGAGCCGGCUGCUGGCCGGCUGGGGCGCGCCGCGGGCGAAGCAGCCGCAGCCUCCUCCGCCACAACGCAAAGAGCAGGGUAGAGCCAACUGUGCACAGUUCUGCAGCCCACAGUCCUUAGGAGAAGCUGCGAAGCCAUGGAACCCAGCUGAAGUGCACUGGCCUCCUGGAGUCUGCUCCAGCUCUGGUCCCUGGUCUCUGCUCUAGCUCUGAGAUGUUAUUUGAUCAUCCUGAGACAAAUGAGCCUUGGCCUCCAGACCCCGUAAAGCAAGUAUCACUCCCAUGGAGAGUAGUGCUGGUUCCUGAGGACCUGGAGGGUCUGCAGCCCUGGGGAUAUUAGUCAGAAGCAGGCUGGUUUUCCUGCUCAGAACAGAGUCUAUUCCUUGAACGCAUCUUCAUUAUGAUUCACACCAACUUGAAGAAAAAGUUCAGCUGCUGUGUGCUGGCCUUUCUCUUGUUUGCUAUUAUCUGUGUGUGGAAGGAAAAGAAGAAAGGAAGUUACUUUGAUACCCUUAAGUUACCAACUAAGGAAUUUCAGGUAUUGAAGAGUUUGGAGAAACUGGCCAUGGGAUCUGGUUCCCAAUAUACCUCUUCAGGCAACACCCAGGACCCUGGCAGGAACAGUCAGAACCACCACAGUUCCAGGGGACCAGCCAAGCCUGCGGGCACCUACCAGGUGUGGAACAAGGACAGCUCUUCUAACAACCUGAUCCCUAGGCUGCAGAAGAUCUGGAAGAAUUAUCUGAAAAUGAACAAGUACAAAGUGUCCUACAAGGGGCCAGGGCCAGGUGUGAAGCUCAGUGCCGAGGCCCUGAGCUGCCACCUCCGGGACCAAGUAAACGUGUCCAUGGUAGAAGCCACAGAUUUUCCCUUCAACACCUCCGAAUGGGAGGGUUACCUGCCCAAGGAGAACAUCAGGACCAAGGCUGGGCCUUGGGGCAGGUGUGCUGUCGUCUCAUCAGCAGGAUCUCUGAAGUCCUCCCAACUAGGCCGAGAAAUAGAUGAUCAUGAUGCCGUCUUGAGGUUUAACGGGGCACCCACAGCCAGCUUUCAACAAGAUGUCGGCACGAAAACUACCAUCCGCCUGAUGAACUCACAGUUGGUCACCACAGAAAAGCGCUUCCUCACAGACAGUUUGUACAAUGAAGGCAUCCUAAUUGUGUGGGACCCAUCUGUGUACCAUUCAGAUAUCCCAAAGUGGUACAAGAAUCCUGACUACAAUUUCUUUGAUAACUACAAGACCUAUCGGAAGCAGCAUCCUGAUCAGCCCUUUUAUAUCCUCAAGCCCCAGAUGCCCUGGGAGCUGUGGGACAUCAUUCAGGAAAUCUCUUCAGAGGAGAUCCAGCCAAACCCGCCGUCUUCCGGGAUGCUUGGCAUCAUCAUCAUGAUGACACUGUGUGACCAGGUGGACAUUUACGAGUUCCUCCCAUCCAAGCGCAAGACAGAUGUGUGCUACUACUACCAGAAGUUCUUUGACAGUGCCUGCACCAUGGGCGCCUACCACCCGCUGCUUUUUGAGAAGAACAUGGUGAAGCACCUCAACCAGGGCACAGACGAGGAUAUUUACCUGUUUGGAAAAGCCACACUGCCUGGCUUCCGGAGGAUUCACUGCUGAGCCUGGUCUCGUGACAGGUGUCUUUACCCUUCUCCAUUGGACAUUUUCAAGGUGUUCUCUUGGCCACUCCGGCCUGGGAAGACCAAGUUUCUGAACAGUCCCAGCCUGUCCCUGGGGCCUCAAGCACCCGCAGGCAAGGAGGUAGCUACUCCAUAGCUGCAGAAGGGAGCUGUGCCCAUGACACAUGUGUACACAUACCCCGACAUUCUUUCCAGACAGAGUUCUCUCCUUCCCUGCAGCAGAUGCAAGAUCAACCUUUGCCACCCAUGCUGCCAAAGCUGAGUGCUUUGCCCACCUGAAUGAUGCCACUCAUGUCAACCAGCACUCUGUAUUAUGUGAAAUCUGCACUGUGAUGUGGAUUUCAUGUUUUCAAAUCAUUCCCCCAAAUUUUGAUUGUGGGCUACAGGAGCUAUAGCCCUGGGGGAGGGGAGGCAAGUAAGAGGUCCAGGGUAUAGGAAAUAUGCUGGAUUCCUCCAGAACAAAGUUGUCCCCAAGGGGGACAGUGUUCCUUUCUCUCUGGCUGAUUUGGCUGGUCCUUCACCUGGGUUCUCCUGAGCAAAGGGUCGUGAUGAAAUACAUCACUUCCAUCUGGAGGUGGACAUACAGAAGGCAUCGUCCCCAAUCCCAGGUGGCUCACAGGGCAGUGGCAGCAAUGUGUAGGACCGUGCUGCUGGGCCUGUAUUGAGACAGGUCUGCUGUGCCAUCUGUCCGCAUCCCCAGGGACCACCCCCGGGGCCAUGCAUGGCUGUGGUUGUCAUGGAAGGCUGCGCAACGCUGGGUAGUGGAGUGGGUUCCAGGGGAAGGGGAGGAACUGGUCAGGCAGAUUUUGUUGAAGAUAGUUGAGUUGUGCUUUCUACAACUUUAUUAUCUGUACUUAUUCUCUAAGACUUGCCUGAACUUAAACUCAAAUUAUGUUUUGAGAAAGACCCCUACCCAAGUCUGAGGCAGUGAGUACAAACCCCUUGGCACAUACCAGGAAAAGUGGGUGCCAAAAAUUUGAUUUGUCCUGGCUCGGUCUGGCCUGACGCUCUCCUUCCAGCUGGGUUUUCACACUGUAUCCAACACUUCCUUUUUAACACCCACCCUCAUUGUUCUAACUGCCAUCUUUUUUUAACUCUUUAAAAUAAUUUUCUCCCUCUCAAGCAUUUCCUACCUUAAAGGUGUCCUGACCUUAUUUUUUUGUCCUUUGUGGGCCUUCUGUGCAAGGUCUCUCAGGGAGUGGGAAUGUGGUUCCCAGAACUUAAAGUCGGUAUCAGCGGGCAGAACUUUGGGCAUCAUAACUGAUCUACAUAGGGUCGAUCAGAUUUCCAUACUCUCUGCCCUAUCCGGCAGGGAGCCGUGCCAGACCCUCUGGCAGAAAGCCCUGCAGUCUUGCUCUUUGGAUCAUCCUGCUCAGUCCCAUUCCCUGGACUGUGUGGUCCCCAUGUGGGACCGGUCUGGCCCCUGAGGAUGGAUGCUUACUGCUGGCCCAGGCUUUUGGGCCCCCGAAGCUUGCCCUCAUGCUCAGAGCUUCUCAUGUGUGCUCCAAACCAGCGGAGUGCAGCUGGAUAUGCAAUUGCUGCCAAACUGUUGGCCAGUGUAGGCUGUGCAGAGAAGCCUGGAAAAAGCAGCCCGGGGUGUUCAAGUUGAUGCUCCCUAUUUACCCGCUAUGCCACCAAGUGCAAAUUCUCCUCUCUCUGCCUCUGUUUUCACAUCUGUAAAAUGGGGGUGGUGCAGGUUGUCAUGAGGGUUAUGUGAAACCCACCCUGACUCUGUACCUGGCAGGUACAGGACUUAGAGGUGCUGGUUUCCUUCAUGAAAGACCUGCUCUGUGCUGAUGCCUGGGCAGGACCCUGCUUUGCAGAAGGUCAGAGAAGGGGCCCUGUUCUCAGAGAAUUAACUAUCCUGGUGGGAGACAACAACUACCCUACUUGGAACACCCAGGAAACCAUUCCAGACAUGGGGGCGCAUAACGCACCCACCCACCAGUUCUCUGCAGAUAGCUCAAUCUGACUCAGACUUACUGAUGGGUGGAGUGAGUCUCUUCCACCUCCCUGUGCCCAGGAGCUCCUGUUCUGAUUUGGUACUCACCUCCAUCUUUGAAUCUUGACUGCAAUACAGGGGAAGGUGGCAUUCCAUUAGCAAGGGAAUCAAGUUGGUGUGGACACUGAGACUACACUGGGUAGAUGCUAGCUUUUAAUUGUUAUUAAUAUAAGGGAUCAAAUUAAUUUAUGAUUCUGAACUUUUAAUUCUGUGUCGUCUAUAUGUGGAAGCUGUAGUACAUAAAUAAGAUAAAGGUGUUCUAGUUCAUCUGAUGCAAUGUUUCCUACUUGUGACAGAUAAUUUAUAAGUCAUGCAGGAAAAGACCCUGUCCUCCUCAGUAGCCACCUCUUCAUUCUCUAUCAUGAGAUCCGCCCAUCUUUCCCCCAAUCAAAUAUACUAUUGGUAUUGGUUUGGUGUUGAGACAACAGUCUCAGAAACUGCUGAAACAUACAUAAGCUAAUUCUGAAUUACCCAAAGAUUAUGUAAAAAAUUUUAAAUA